AUGGAAUUGUCCAACUCGAUCAACAGUUCUAGGGUAACGGAGUUUAUUCUAAUAGACUUCUGUACAAAACCCGAAGAUAAAAUAGUUUUUUUCCUGCUAUUUUCACUAAUGUAUAUGAUGACGGUUUUUGGAAAUGGGGGAAUAAUUUUUCUCGUUUAUCAUAAUACUCAACUGCACACGCCCAUGUACUGUUUUAUUACUAGUCUUUCUUUUUUAGAUCUCUGCUAUUCUUCAGAUAUUGUCCCUAAAAUGCUAGUAAAUUUCCUUUCUGAGAAGAAGUCAAUCUCUUAUAUUGGCUGUGCAGUCCAACUCUUUGUCUUCUGUUUUUUGGGUAGCGCUGAAUGUUUCCUCUUUGCAGUAAUGGCUUAUGAUCGAUAUGUUGCAAUCUGCAAACCAUUAAACUAUGUCUUGGUGAUGCAGACACAGACUUGUGUGUCUCUAAUAUCUGUAGCUUAUGCAGCUGGUUUCCUGCAUUCAGUUAUUGAGAUAUGUUGCACAUUUAGUCUCUCUUUUUGUUCUUCCAAUACCCUUCAUCAUUUUGCUUGUGACUUUCCUCCAUUAUUAGAUGUUUCUUGUACAGAUACUUCUCUUAAUGAGUGGAUUUUGUUUAUUCUUUCUUCAGCUAUUAUAAUAUCUUCCAUCUUCAUCAUCCUUAUGUCUUAUGUCACCAUCUUCACUGUCAUACUGAAGAUGAAAUCUAAUAAGGGGAGAAAAAAAGCAUUUUCAACAUGUGUAUCACAUAUAAUGUCGGUGACUUUACUUUUUGGGACACUCACAUAUGCAUAUUUGAGUCCCAAAUCCAAAUCUUCCAACGGCAACGGAGCUGUGGCUACAGUGUUCUAUGCGGUGGUGAUGCCCUUACUAAAUCCAAUGAUUUAUAGUUUUAGAAAUAAGGAUAUUAUAAGUGUAUUGAAAUCAACACUUCAUGUUAGGGACACUUUUGGCUUGAGUGGUUAG